CCUCGUCUAGUUGGAGAGAAGGAGGAUUUCGUAUUUACCUGCCCACGAUCUUUUCUUCAUAACUUUAGUAUAUCAAGACGGAGUCAGGAAUGAUGGCGGAUGGUGAGGACGCGAGAGAACCUCGCUCCCCUCCACCAGACCCAGGGAUAGAUAGAGAGGAUGAAGAUAGGGUGAAGGAACUAAUGAGACUUUGUUAUGAGGAAGGGAUCCUCCCAACUGAAAUUGAUCCUGGUGAGAUGACGAUCGAAGGAAGAGAGGUCAGGUUCAAAGUGAACCUCACGUUGGAUCGGGUUAAGAUCGCAUGGCUCAAAGAGCAUACAGUGACGAUUAUUUUCAGAGAAGGAGCCAGGUUCUUACCAAAGAAGGUAAAAGAUGAUAUCGUUAGGGCUUACGAGGAUGAAAAAGUGCAGGACGGCAGUUUCGAGGCCGAAGUGUUUAGAAGAGGAAGAGUCAAAAUUGAGAUCCCCAACGUAUUGUCCUACGUAGCAAAGAACAAAGUUAUUGCUUCUUGGCUUGUUACUAAAGGACAGGAAGAAAUCUCGAUAGGCUCCUCCACUUAUCGGUUUGACUUCAAACCAUGGCUCACUGAAGCACAAUUGAGGGACCAGGGACAAGACGAAGACCGCCAAUCCUUUUGGGUGAUAGCGGUACAAGUCCCUCUGGAUUCCUUCAUUUACUUAGAAGCUCAAGUUAGCAAAGCCAUUGGUCCUGUCAUCCAUAGGCGCCCUAUUGAGCCAAACAGACUGAAGUCUUCGCUUAUAAACGUGAAAUUUGACCUCGAACCAGACUCACGUCCUAACAUGAAGGACAAAAUCUGGGUCGUCACCUCCGAAGGAGAUGAACUAGAAGUCAAGCUCGCAUCGUCUGACACUCCUCGAUGCCAGCGUUGUCGUGCUUUCUUUCAUACUGCAAACGAGUGUCGAAGAGGAGGGGCAGGACAGCAAGUCAACAACCAAGAAGGUGACGGCAAGAGAAUUAAGUUCUUUGUCCCGAUCCAGGAUGCUCAUUUCAUCCCUGGUCAGUUAGAGAAACUGGAAAGUGAGGGCAUGAAACUUAUCCCUCUUACGUGGAUAGCCGACCCUCGGAAAUCGGAGCUCAGGAGAUUGAAAAUUCCGCCGCUGCAAACAGCUGAAUGUUUGGCGGAAGUUGAUGGAAGGCUGCUCAGGGAAAAGAAACUGAAUUCCCCGUACGUUCAGCACAUGCUGACCAGUGCUUGGUUGUUGUCGUCGCAGGGUUCUCCCCAGAUCCAUUCAGCAGGAGGCUCGGCUGUCCGUCGGUCGACUGUACUAGGAGAAAGGACGCGAGCGAUGGAGGCCACGUGUCGCGCCGCGCACGUGCACGGCUUCACCGCCCAAUUGCACUGCCGUCAGCGAGAUGCUCUCAGCUCGUUGGCUGGGGCAGUAAAAGCCUCGCAGACGCCUGCUGCGCCAUUCAUCACUAAUCAGGUGAGGCUUGGUUGCAGGUGGAAUGGCGCGGGCUUUGCUGGAGAGCAGCUGCGGUUGCCUCAUCAACAACAUUGUGCGAUGCGUAGGAAAAGGUGUGGUGCAAUUGCUGCGGUUGUGAGCCCUGUGAGCGAAAAACAGAUGUCGACGGUUGGCAACAGUGCAAAGAUUGGUGUUCUUGGUGCUAGUGGUUACACUGGAGCAGAGAUUGUUCGUCUGCUUGCAGGACACCCAUUUUUUCGGAUAACUUUGAUGACAGCAGACCGGAAAGCUGGAUUGUCAUUCCAAAAUGUUUUUCCGCAUCUAGGAGCACAGGAGCUUCCAGAUCUGGUAGCAGUGAAGGAUGCAGACUUUGAUAAUGUGGAUGCUGUCUUCUGUUGCCUUCCUCAUGGAACUACACAGGAAAUCAUUGCUAGUCUCCCAAAACGGCUGAAGGUGGUGGACCUGUCCGCGGAUUUCCGACUUCGAAACACUGAAGAGUACAAGCAAUGGUAUCUUGCUGAGCACAAAGCUCCUGAAUUACAGGAGGAAGCAGUAUACGGGUUGACCGAGCUUUACAGAGACGAGAUAAAAACAGCAAGGCUGGUUGCGAAUCCUGGUUGUUAUCCGACAACUGUUCAACUGGCACUAUCACCAUUGCUUAGGGAUGGACUUAUCAGCAGUGAGGGUAUUGUCAUUGAUGCGAAAUCAGGGGUGUCAGGCGCUGGACGCUCGGCGAAGGAAUCAAACCUUUACUCAGAGGUUGCAGAGGGCAUGUAUGCCUACGGAAUAACAAAUCAUCGACAUGUGCCUGAGAUUGAGCAAGGGCUUGCUGACUUUGCCGGGAAGAGAAUGAGAGUCAGCUUCACACCUCACUUAUUACCGAUGAUCCGGGGAAUGCAGUCGACUAUUUAUGUGGAGAUGGAACCCGGGAAAACAGUGGAUGAUCUCAGGGAGCGACUUCAAUUGCAGUUCCAGGAUGAGGAGUUUGUUACGGUGAUGCCAAAGGGAGGCGUUCCACACACACACUACGUCAGGGGAUCGAACUACUGCUUGCUCGGACUCUUUGAAGACCGCAUUCCUGGAAGGGCAAUUAUAAUCUCUGUGAUUGACAAUCUGGUGAAAGGCGCAUCUGGCCAGGCACUGCAGAACAUGAAUCUGAUCAUGGGGGUGCCAGAGAACUCAGGUCUUCAGCAGCAGCCCCUGUUUCCUUGAGCCAGCCCAUCGGGUUUUGCCAAUGGACUGGCUCAAGGCUUACCUCUUUUUUAUUGCACCAGGUUAACCACAUGCAUGGAUGAACAUUGUCGAUCCACUGAGCCAGGUGGUCUAUACAACAUGUGGCGCAGCAGGUUUACCUUGUGACUCGCGUACAUGGUUUAUCGAUGCAUACCACAUGUUAAAAAAAUGAGCGAGUUAAUCCAGAUUUGCCAAUGCCUGGAACCAUUAUGUACAUAAUGGUUCCAAAACCGGGUUGGUAAGUUUGCCGGCGUGUCUGGGUUUAUCGAGAAGGUUUACCUUGCGCGUUGCAAAACCGGGUUGGUCAGUUUGCUGGCGUGUCUGGGUUAAUCGGGAAGGUCUAGCCGUCAGUGCCGACAUGUGAUGGGCACAGAGUGACUGAAGCAUGGUUCCAAAUGAGGGUACACCUUUAGAGGUGUGAAACAGUCGCAUUCCGAGGGAAAUCGGAAAUUUAACAAACAUGCAGUUUCACACCUCUUUGCGCUGCUGCAAGCUUGAGGGAGGGGCAUAAAUUCGCCGCAUAUUAUAAUAUAUUUGCGAUCGUCGCCGUCGGUUGAUUGCAAUGAAGAUCGGGAACUGUGGUGUGUACUUUCUUCCUGCAGUCAGCUCGCCACCACGUCGAGCGACUCCGUUUGCUCCACGAUUGUUUGCCUGGCAAUCAAAUCCAACGCACUCUUGUAGUGCUCAACGGCCCUUGCUUCGCUACUCACCAAUUUUGCAAAACGAGAGUGGAUCGUCCGCUAGAACAAGGGGAGGUAUGCUCUUGUAGUGCUCAACGGCCAUGUUUUUUGUCUUUUGUGCAUGCCGUAAGUAGUGGAGCCAGGCGUAAAGAGGGCUCUGGUGCUCGAGCUGGAGGGUGUGUGAGGGUUAUGGAUGGGAAGAAGAUGAGAGAGGGAGACAAUUUUCACUUUGCAGAUAGGGAUUGGCAGUUUGCUGUGUGUGGUCAGCCAGGGGACUGCUGCUCUUUUUUCAUCUUUGCAGCCCAUCCUCCGUCCGUCAGACACUUUUUCGUUGUUUGGCGGCAAGCUGUCCCAUUGCAGCACCUUCACCCACAUGUCAGGUGUCAGGAAAGGGUGUCACAGGUUUUGCAGUGGCUAUAUUUGUUAUAUAUAGAAUACAUGGGCUUGCCAGAUUCGACAGGUCUGACAACAGGUUUGCCGCACUUGGCUGCUGGUUUGGAAGCAAGAUUUAACCAGCUUCACAGGUUCGGCGGCAGGUUUGGUGGAUGCGGCAGAUGUGAUGGGGUGCAUUUGUUUGUUGUGGACGAAGCAAAGCGAGAACCAUUAUGAGGGAGGAAGAGAGAGCUGUCUCGGCACAGAUGGGUCAGGUAUCGAGAGGAUUUUUUAUAAGGUUGGGUUGAAGAGAGUUUUCGUUCAGGAGGGAGUUUCCACUCAGUAGAGAGAGUACAAUAGAACGAAGAAGUUGUAGGAGAGCUGUGUUGCAGUUCUUGUGGAAGGAAAAGAGAGGAAGUAGAGAGAUUGAUAGCUAUAGUUGACGUGACCAAUACCUCCGGGGGCGAGGUCAUUUACACUGACGUCAACAUAUCGGCACGUCAGCCAACCUUUUUUGGAAAAGAAAAUGGUUCCGGUGGACGACAAUGAUGCCCUCUUGAGUCUUGACGUGUUUGCAUCUUCUAGCAGCCGGAUGAGAAAUAAAAGCAAGAGACAUGU